AAAAUGGCCCGUCCGGAUCCCCAACAAGCCCCCUGCCAAGAUCGGGCCUAGCUCUGAGGGACAUGCCUUUUUCCUUCAUUACUGUCCCUCCUCCACGAUCUGAUAACUGUUUCUCAGGCCAACUCGUCACGUCUGUCGUUUGUGUUGUUUCUCCCCACUGUCGUUUACUGUCCUGAAUGUCACUGAAUGUCACUUGGCUGACGCCUACCAUACUCAUCUUUCCUCUUUAAUAGUAUUUUGUAAUCCUCUUGACGCCCUUCUCUUGGCACUACUGGGAAAUCCCGCGUCCUUUUUCAACGAUGGUUCGAGGUUUGGGGACUGCGCUCAGCGCGAUAUAUCUAAUCUCAUCUCUCACGACAACUAAUGCCUUGACAAUUGAACGGAGAGCUGGAGUGGUGCCUUCGACUCUUCCUGGGUCAUGGGUUUCGCAAGGCUGCUAUACGGAUGUCGGCCGGACCUUGAGUGGCGGAGGCUACACGGAUGAUGCUGCUAUGACGGACGAAUCGUGCAUUAACUACUGCAGCUCUGCUGGAUUCAUCUAUGCCGGAACGGAAUACUCCCAGGAGUGUUAUUGCGGCAACAGUCUCGCAGCUGGAGCUGCAGCAGCCCCUGCAACCGAUUGCAGCAUGACCUGCACUGGCAACGCCACUGAAGCCUGCGGAGGUCCCAGUCGAUUGAAUCUUUUCUGGAGUGGAACCUCAGGACCGCAAACAAAUCCUGGUAUUGGAGGAUGGCAGUUUUCCGGAUGCUAUGCCGAAGGUACCACGGGACGAGCGCUGCCAAAUGGUGCAACCACAACUGGCGGCUCGGCCGCAAUGACUGUUGAUCUCUGUCUAUCAGCUUGCCAAACCGCUGGUUAUCUCCUCGCAGGAGUCGAGUACUCAGGCGAAUGCUACUGUGGUAACGCCAUUUCAAAUGGCGGAACUCUUGCACCAGAUGGCCUCUCAGGAUGCUCCAUGCUGUGCAACGGUAACCACUCUGAGUACUGCGGUGGUCCGAGUAGACUUGAUGUGUAUGACUACCAAAACCAGGUCAGCCUGCCUCCUUAUACCACAACCACCACCAAGGCCUCGACAACGUCAACAACUGCUACUUCUAAGACUUCAACCUCGACCACUUCUUCCACGACGGCAGUUCCCACGACCACGUCGACCUCCACAAAACCCUCGACGACCUCGACAGCAGUUGUGACAACGACCAGCGCCACGAGCACCAGCGCCACAAGCACCCUCCCUUCCGCUACUCCUACUCUCGGUAUCAAGACCACAGUCGGUGGCUACACGUACCAAGGAUGCUACACCGAAGCAACGGGCAUGCGUGCCCUGACUCCUGGUGCUUUCUUUGAUUACACAGCCAUGACCCUCGAGGAGUGCGCUACUGACUGCGCUGGAUACACCUACUUUGGCGUUGAAUACGGAGGAGAAUGCUACUGCGGCAAUACCAUCAACACUGGAUCUGUUCUCGCCCCUGUAACUGAUUGUUCUUUCAUUUGCCCUGGCAAUGCUUACGAGUACUGCGGUGCUGGAAAUAGAUUGGACAUGUAUAAGCUCACCAGUUUAGCAACGUCAAGCUCGUCAUCCAACACUGGCACCAGCACUACUGGGACCUCAACCACUGGAACGAGCACUACAGGAACUGGCACGACCGGAACUAGCACCACUGGAACAAGUACAACAAAGACUUCAACAUCCGCUACGACUAUAGCCACGGGCUGGGUUUACCAAGGCUGCUACGUUGAUGGCUUGACCGGACGUGACUUGAACUUCCAGCAACCUGACAACAACGCUAACACCGCGGAAGCUUGCCAGGCAACUUGCGCAAGCCUCGGAUACACAAUUGCAGGCUUGGAAUAUGCUGUUCAAUGUUUCUGUGACAAUUUCUUGUACAACGGAGCAGCUCUCGCGGCAGACCAGACCUCCUGCAACACGCCAUGCCCUGGGAAUUCUGCUGAAAUGUGUGGCGCAGGAAACAGAUUGUCCGUCUACUCGUCCAAUGGACCCCCGAAGGUCUACCAACCACCUGCGGUCCAGACUGCUGGCUUGCCCUCAGGCUGGGUGUACAAAGGAUGUCUCCAAGAUAACAUUCCCGCCGCUGAAGAUGCGAACCAAAUCGUCUCGACCUUCCCAUAUAUGGUUUGGAACAAUGCCAGCAACACCCCAGAAGCUUGUAUCAAGCAAUGCCAAGCCUUUGGAUACAACGCUGCAGGCUUAGAGUACGGCUCGGAAUGCUUCUGUGGUGACGUUGCGAACAUCCUCGUUGCUUCCGACCCAGGUGUCUCCACCAGCCCUACUGCUGUCCAAUUCUAUACUCGCAGCAAGAUCCCUCAAAUCGUUGCAGAUUCUCAAUGCAACUCCGUCUGUUCUGGCAAUGGCUCCUAUCUCUGCGGAUCAGGCAACUUGUUGACAUACUAUGCUUUUGAAGGCCCAACGCCAUUGUACACUUUCAAUUUCCCUACUGGUACAGCCGUUGGUGAAUACUCCCUGCUCAUUGGAGGAGUUGUAGUUCCUCUCAUUACCACACAAGGUAUCAAUGGCAAAGCCCAGUUCAUCGAGAAGUAUGGAUCCGGCGAGCCUAAUGGCACUGGAGCUUAUGAGCUUGAUCUCACUGAGAUCAACAACUGGAGCCUCGCUUGGAGGACCAUGAGCGGAAUGGAUACCGAUGUCUUCUGCUCAGCUGGUGUCACACUUCCUGAUAAAGCCGGAAGAAUUCUUACUGUCGGAGGAUGGGCUGGACAGUCCAACUUUGGUGUUAGACUGUAUGCUCCUGAUGGAUCCGCUGGAGUGUUCGGCACGAAUCAAUGGAUGGAAGACCCUGGUGUCUUAUCCCUCCAAGUCCCACGUUGGUACCCAUCAGCUAUGGUCAUGGCAAAUGGAUCCGUUAUGAUCAUUGGUGGUGAGAUUGGCAGCAAUGACGCCGAACAGCCAACUCUCGAGCUGCUCCCAGCCACUGGUGUGCCCGAUACUACCACCGUCAGCGGAUACUCCAACACCACUGUUUACCUCGACUUCCUCGAACGCACAGCUCCUUUCAAUCUCUACCCAUUCGUCUGCGUCGUCCCAUCGGGAAUUUUCGUCGCCUACUUCAACGAGGCUCGUAUCCUAGACGAGACGACCUUCGCUACCAAGAAGACGCUUCCCAACAUGCCUGCAGCAGUCAAUGACCCCACCGGCGGCCGUACCUACCAACUAGAGGGAGCCAUGGUUCUUCUCCCGCAAUACGCUCCAUACACCGCUAACCUCGGUGUCCUCAUCUGCGGUGGAUCCACUUCCAACGGCGGGUACCCCAUCGACAACUGCAUCACCACCCAGCCCGAAGACGCCAAUCCCGUAUGGACAAUCGAGAGAAUGCCAUCCCGACGUGUCAUGCCUUGCAUGGCUGGUCUCCCAGACGGAACCUAUGUCAUCAUGAACGGAGCCCAACACGGCGUGGCAGGCUUCGGUCUCGGCGGCGACCCCAACUACAACGCCGUGCUCUACGACCCGACCAAGCCGCUCAACAGCCGUAUGUCUAUCAUGGCCAACACGACCGUAGCCCGCCUCUACCACUCCGAAGCCAUCGUUUUGCUCGACGGCCGCGUCAUGGUAACCGGCUCCGAUCCAACCGGCGAUUAUAACCAGCCAGCUGGCGAAUGGCCAGAGGAGUACCGCGUCGAGGUCUUCACGCCUCCCUACCUCCUCUCCGGCGCCCAACGUCCUACCUUCACGCUCUCAAGCACGGAUUGGGCGUACAGUGACACCAUCACAGUGACCGUCAACGUCCCAUCUGGAAACGCAGCCAAUAUCAAGAUCUCCAUGCUCGGUUCCGUGGUGAGCACGCACGGCAACGCAAUGGGUCAACGCACCAUCUUCCCCGCAGUAACCUGCUCCAGCGCAACAACCUGUACCGUGACUGCACCGCCUACCGCCCACGUCGCGCCGCCGGGAUGGUUCAUGUUCUUCGUGCUCGACGGGCCCACGCCAGCCGUUGGACAGUUUGUGCGUCUUGGCAAGGAUCCGGCGAGUAUUGGGAACUGGCCGGCGGGUAUUCCGGCGUUCGCACCGCUACCUGGCGUGUAGAGAACAAAAGGGAAGGAGGGAAGGGGGCGUAUGGCGAUGGGAAAAGAUAUGGGUUAAAUGUCGGAUUCCUGGGGGUUACGCCAAUUUUUUGUUUUUUUGAAUAAUAUAUAAUUCUUCGUAUAUAGAGACGAAUGCAAUCUUUUUGCAUCCAGUCUUGUUGUCGUGGUGUCUCGGUACCCCUUUUCUCUCGCUCGCUUGAAGCGCUUGAGAAAUUUGGAAAUCGGCUCACGUGACGACACUUUUUUCCUACACCUGAGAUCUGUCAAUUGGAUCUUGCUCUCCAGCGAACAAAUGAAGGGUUGUUCGACUCAUAUUUAAGCAUCUGUUCAAGUAUUGUGCUAUUAAAAUCAGGACUUGCUUCCUAUGCCUUGCUUACCCUUCCUC